AUGGAGGCUCACGCUCCGACUGCGACCGACGAACUCUUGAUCGGACAUGCAGGAGAUUUACAAAAUCUUUCUCUCCCCGAAUUAAAUUCACGCUAUACUACCGCAUCGAAUCAACUUGCCCUCCUCCAAAGCCAGCUCUCAUCCGACGUCGACCUUAUCUCCCAGAAAUUGGACGUUUCCAACAUCGGAGGCGCCAUCAACACUCGCGCAGGAGUAUCGAGGAUCCCUACUGAGAUCCGAGGCACCAUUCUCGCUUAUCUCCGCGAAGACUGGCCUCCGUUUCUUGUCCGCGCCCAGGGCGCUACCCAAGGCAGCGAUGCCGUCGUUGAGUCUGAAGGUGUCUCCAAAUUGACCCUAGACCUCGCAUGGAUCAAGGUAACGCAUACCUCGAGGCUCUGGCGCGAUGCUGGGCUAGCAUUCGGCGAUAUUUGGGCCGGGAUCGACACCCAUCUGGUUGGUCUCAAGUGGUCCGCAGAGAUGAUCGCUCGCUCGAGGGGAGCUCCACUGACUUUGACCCAUCGCUACGCUCCCGACUCUCACAACGGACACCAGUUCCUCGCUGGCGGCAUCCCCCAGACCAAGAGCCUAGAGGUCGACGCAUUUCGUGCCGAUGGGAGCAUGCUAGAAUUACUCCAGAAAUGCGCUGCUCCCAAUCUCGAAGAGCUUUUCCUUCAAUCGAGGAGCACCAUUUACAUUGAUGAGAACGAUGUCGGCUACGCCAAUUUCUCCACGCUCCCCGAGGUUCUCUUCAAUUCAUCCACCAGUCGUCUCCGGGUGCUCGUCCUUGAUAGCGUCAUACCUUCUUGGACCUCCCCCUUGUUUUCUACCGCAAACAUCAGCUACCUCUCCGUCUCUUUCGACAAUCCCUAUCCGGGAAGUCUGGACGUACUUCAGAAAAUCAUCGAUAUGCCACCCGCCGACCUUCUCUCCGCGUUGUCCAGCCUGGGACCCAGUCUGGAGGUUCUCAUCUUGGUCAAUUGCCUUCCCCUCAUCGAGAAGUGGAAAAAGAUGCAACACCGCGGCCCGGUUUCCCUUCCGUCCCUAAGAAGAAUUGACAUCACCUGCGAUUCGUUGGAAGUCCUAUUUGGUUUCACUGGCUAUCUGACUGUGACCGGUACCGUUCAUCGGUUGGACUUCGAAGUCGACUCUCUUGACGACUCUUCCAUCGCCCAGAGCGAUAUCUGGAUUCAGGGCAUGUACACCAGACUUCUCGGGCUCAUCCGGUCAUUCUGUUUCGCGACACCAAGCCUCAAUGCUAGAGGUCCUCAGAAUCUACGCGCCUUCGACAGCCUUUCCAUCGAGCUCACCCCCGAUCCGCGCGUCGUCACAGAAGACGAUGAGGAUGAGGAAGAUCCGGAUGGGAUACAGCCUUUUCUCACUCUCGAACUCAAGUCGGGAUCCCAGUCCUCUCCUACGUCGUCGCCCCCACAACAACAACCUCCCCGUAUACACGUCAGCAUGCCACUCGAUCUUCCGAUGACCGGUCCUAUGGUCACCCUUCGUCUUCUUGAGAUGCUACCUGCGCCAUGGACCCAACUCAAGUCUCUUCAUAUCGCCAACUCGGUCGCAGACUCCGAUGGCAAUCCUUUCCGCGGCUUAUGGACCGACGAACACGUCAAUGAAUUAGUAGCCAGGCUGGGUGGCGCUCUGAGCGAGCUCGAGACCUUGAACAGCGGGAGCGGCUUUUCGGAAUCCAUCACGGACCUCCUUCGCCUUUCCGAUCCUGCCGCAGUAUUCCCAAAGCUUUCUGCGAUUACCAUGGAGGACGACUCGGAAUUAUAUCUCAAAGACAAUUUCGAGCUGUGGAUGUCCGAUCCCAGGCCUCAUUGGCCUCGCGCAGGCAGCAACAGCAGUGGGCUGAGCGAUCUUUUCGGGGCGCUAUAUCAUGUAUUGAUGGUCCGAGAGGCGCGCGGUUCGAAGAUCUCUCGGUUGCGUUUGACGCCGUGGAUCUCUACCGAGAUGGUCUUGCCGGACGAUGGAGAGGAUGUGGAGAUGGGUACUGGCUUGACGGAAGAAUGGAAGGAUGCGUUCAGGGAGCUCGAACGGGAGAUAGAGCCCCUCGUCGGGACGGUGAAAAUUUCGUUCACGUCUCCGCGAGAGGAAGAAUCGUCGCGAAUGCAAGAAUUGUAUACCUCCAUGUUACCUAUAUGA